AAACCAAAAACAUUAGCUUUUCUCAAAAUGGCGUCCGCCUAAUGAGGAAGAGCCUAAAAAGUGCACUAUUUAUUUGCAUUUGUGUUAAUUAGUUCUUGAUCUAGAUCUAAUUGGUUGUUGAGAUUUAACAAUGUCUCGAAGCAUGAUGCCGGCCCAACAAAAGUUGGCCGAAAAGCUUACUAUUCUCAAUGAUAGAGGGAUAGGAAUGCUUACUCGAAUAUACAAUAUUAAAAAGAUGCUCGGAAGUCCUGAAAACAAGCCUUCUUUUUUGACUGAUAAAGCACUACAGCCUGCUAUUGAAAAAGUUCUUCUAAAAAAAUUUCCUUUGUAUGAUAGCAAAGCAAGUCAGCUCUCAGCAGUUAAUGGAAUGAAGGCAGACAUAAUUAAAAGCUUGUCACUGUACUAUCAUACUUUUGUUGACAUCUUAACACUCAAAGAUCAUAUUGUCGAUCUACUUACAACAAUAGAUGCCUGUCAAGUUCAAAUGGACAUCACUUUAAAUUUUGAUUUGACUAAGACCUACCUUGAGCUUAUAGUGACGUACAUGUCUAUUAUGAUUUUAAUGUCAAAAGUUGAUGACCGUAAAACAGUUUUAGCUCUCUAUAACAGUGCACAUGAGUUUAUGCAUGGAAAAAGUGACCCAGCAUAUCACAGGCUAGGUCAGAUGUGUCUGGAGUAUGAUCCUCCAAUGAAAAAAAUGGCAGAGGAAUUUGUACCUCAUUCCAGACAUUUGAUGCCUGCCCUGAUGUCACUGCACAAAGUGUAUCCUACUCGUAAUUUGACUGCUGAAAUGAUGAGAAAUCUUCAAAUUCUUUCCAUACUUUCAGAGCCAGCUAAGAUGUCAACUGUUCCAUCUACUGAUAUGAUUCAGUGUGAAUACUUAUCUUUGGACACUAUGGAGAGAUGGAUCAUAUUUGGGCUGAUGCUUUGCUACCAGAAUUUAAGUGAACCACAGGCUUGGGAUUUAUGGAAGCAAGCUCUGCAAGACAGUUAUAUCAUAACCCUGUGUCGCAAUGAGGUCCUACACACACACAGUUAUAUCAUUGCCUUCUUUGACAGUCUACGUGGACAAAACAAGCGAGUUGCUGAACUGAAAGAAUUCCAAGUCCAGGCUUUACAAACAGCGCCAGCAUUACACAGAGAAAGAAGAAAGUUUUUAAGAAGUACACUACGGGACUUAACUCUGGUAUUUACAGAGGAGCCUGGAUUGCUUGGACCCAAAGCAUUGUUUGUUUUUCAAGGACUUUCUUUAGCAAGAGAUGAAAUAUUGUGGUUAUUGAGGCAUGUUGUUAACCCACCAUCUAAACGACACAAUGUCAAAAUGUCACCAGAGGAUUUCUAUGAUAGACAACUUCCUGAGCUUUUAUUUUACAUGGAAGAACUACGAGGUCUAGUAAAAAAAUACAAUGAGGUUAUACAGCGUUACUAUGUACAAUAUUUGUCUGGUUAUGAUGCCAUCUUUUUGAACCAACUAAUCCAGAAUAUUAGCAUGUGCCCUGAAGAUGAGUCUAUUAUAUUAUCAUCAUUCUAUAACAGCAUUGCAGCUCUGUCAGUAAGACAAGUUGAAAAGAAUGAACUAUUUGACUUCAGAGGCUUCCGUUUGGACUGGUUUAGGUUACAGGCUUACACAAGUGUAAGUAAAGCUGGAUUAGAACUAAAGAAUCAUCAGGAGCUAGCUAAACACAUGAACACUGUUGUUUUUCACACCAAGAUGGUGGAUUAUCUAGAUGAGAUGAUUAAUGAGACUGGAGACCUUUCUAUUUACUGUUUCUACACAACUUUGUUUGAGCAUCAGUUCAAACAGUGCAUGGAGUUUUUGGCACAGCAUCGCUAUAGUAUCAUUUUCCCAAUGAUAUGUGGACAUUUCAUGAAUGCUACACAUAGUCUUUGUCCUGAAGAGCGUCAUUCCAUUGGCACCACCAGUGUUCAGUAUGCUCAUUGGUUCUUGCGUGAGAUGUCAGAAGAAGUCAAUCAAGUGAUAACCUCCAUUUGUGAAGAACAGUGCAUGCUUAAUUACAAGCUCCUGCCUAAACAUAGUGCUGCCAUUAUUUUGUCACAAAGACAAAAAUCUAAAGAGAAAAAGGAGAAGAAAAUACAAGAGCCAGAGAAACCAGGAGAUGAAAGUAUCAGGAAGAACAGAGAAAACUUUACAAGAAUGGAUAAGCUUCACAUGGCUUUAACAGAUUUAUGCUAUGCCAUCAACUACUGCACAGUCAUCAAUGUCUGGGAUCAUGGCUUUGUGCCUAGAGAAUUUUUCCUUCAACAUUUAGAGAAUAGAUUCAAUAAAGCAUUAGUUGGUAUGAUGAUGUAUAACCCAGAAGUCAAUGAGAUUGCCAAGCCUUCAGAACUUCUGAAUGGAGUAAGGGCCUACAUGAAUGUUUUACAGAGUAUAGAGAACUAUGUUCAUAUUGAUAUAGUCAGAGUGUUUAAUAAUGUUCUGUCGAUGCAAACUCAACCUUCUGAUGCCAAUGGAGAAAAGACUAUCACCCAUAUCUAUACACACUGGUAUUUGGAAAUCCUCCUGAUGCGUGUAGCCUGUAAUGCUGGACAAAUUGUCUUCUCACCCAGUAGAAAAGCUUUUGUUACUGUAGCUCAAGGAGAUGGCCCACCUUUGGCUGCUGAAGAGUAUGCUGAUUUGACUGAACUGCGUGCCCUGGCUGAAUUGAUAGGUCCUUAUGGUAUGAAGUAUUUAGGAGAGAGACUCAUGUUGAACAUUGCUAGUCAAGUAGAUGAGAUCAAGAAACUUGUUGUUGCCAACAAAGACACUCUUGUUCAGCUCAGAAGUAGUUUUGAUAAACCUGAUGUUAUGAGUGCACUGACUAGAAAACUAAUGACUCCUUACAAGAAUGCUCCUUGUGAUGCUGAUGUUCUCUUGAUCAGAAUGACAAAAAUUGGCAUUUUACUGGCAUUCAGAUCAUUGGCUCAAGAAGCACUCAAUGAUAUAUUAGAUCAAAGGAUUCCAUUCAUGAUGGGCUCCAUACGAGAUGUCCAGCACCAUGUUCCCAACACCAAGGAUUCUAUGCCAGUCUCAUUAAAACAACAGGUUGUCAAUGAACUGGCCUCCUCAGCUGGAGAGAAAUGUAGUGUAGACCCAACUCUUUGUAAUGCACUCAGGACAUUAAAGAGUGCCUAUGCUGAUGAUGAAUACACUAUUGCAUGUCUACUGUUUGUAUUUGUUGCUGUGUCAAUACCUAAACUUGCUCGUCUGGAUUCAUCAUCAUUCAAAGCUUCCAUUGAAGGACAUUUGAACAACAGUCACUGUCUGGCCAAAAGUAUUAAUGGUUUAGCUGGAGCCUUGUUUUCAUUAUAUGGACCUGGUGACACAGAUUUGAGGCUGCAGGAGUUCUUGGCACUGGCCUCCUCCAGUCUACUUCGCCUUGGUUUUGAAAAUGAUAGAGAAGCAGUGAAGAACAGAGAGUCAAUCUAUUUAUUGUUAGAUCAAAUUGUCCAAGAGUCUCCUUUCCUGACAAUGGAUCUAUUAGAGUUCUGUUUCCCUUAUGCUCUUCUAAGAAAUGCCUAUCACAGUGUAUAUAAAGCUUCAGCUGCUGACAUGUAACAUUUAAUGCACACUAAAACAUUCUUCUCAAACCUAGACAUGAAGUUCUACAUCCUGCAUGAUCUGAAUUUUCACUUGCUUUGUAAAUAUUUAUCAUGUUACAUAAAUAAGGAAUCAUAUGCAUUUAACUUUUGUUUCCUGUGUUUUAUACUAUCUGAUAUCAUGAGUUUGUUAAUGUCUUUCUUCUUUGUUUUUAAUGUGAAACAACAGUCCUACAAAUAUGUGGUUAUGUGUUCUUAAAAUGCAAUAGACUUUGAUGGUACUUUUUUGAGUAUGUGUCACUGAAAUUAAAACAUUCUGCAUGUUUUUUUGUUUUUUAAAUUUAUAAAAGUCUCCUUAUGAAAGAUUUAGUCAUGGGCCUAACUUUGUAGGAAUAAGAUGGUGUGUUUAUAAUACUUUUCCAAUUAGAAACAAUGUAACUUGUGUAAUUGAUUGAUUUAAUGAAUUAUAUUUCCAGAUUUGACAUUUAUAAACCAAAUCCUAUGCAAUUGAAGAUUAUUCUUUAAAAUCACUUUUUUUUUUCAGUUCAGUUUAAAAAGUAAUUUUUACAAUACAUCUUAGCUAGCAAUUAAAGGCUGAGCUCUAUCUGCUUUAAAAAAUAAUAAUGAUGAAAACAAUGAUAGACAAACAGCAUUAAAUACUGCAAUAGGAUCUAUGUUGAUUUUUAACAUUCUUUUUACAUGGAAAUAUUAAAUGGUAUUUUUUUCUUGACUGAGAAAAACAAGAGCAAUGAUAUUUCUUUAGAGAUCAUCCUUGUAAUUUAACAAUAAUAAUAAAAUAUCUUUAUUAUCCUUGAGGAAAUUGUUCUUACAAUUUGUGCAUUGCACAUAAAAAUGCAUGUACAUUAUAAUGACAGCAAACAAAAUAUAUGAUCAUGCCAGUUUCACUGAAACAUUACUUUUGAAGUGAACAUCAGAAAAAUUGAUUGUAUUUAAUGAUUUGAUUUUUGUUGUUUUUAAUGAUUAAAAUCUUUUAGCUUUCUACAAUUUUUAUCUUGAAUAGUUGUCCAAGUGGGUUUAUUGUUACCAAUGACCUUACUAGCUGCAUAUAGGAUUUUAUGAAGUCUUCUAAAGUAGUACUAACUCGUAUGAUUGAAAUAAGAAUCAUCUCUAAGUAGUACUAUUAGUGAAACUUGAUCAUCUACUUCUUGAAGUUUAUUGACAUUGAAAGAAGCUUCCUUGGAAACUUUUCUGGUUUGGUGAAUAAAUGCUGCUCAUUAUACUGGGUGGACAGCUUUGUACUAGCUGUUACUUGCUCUCUACAUCUGUAGCUCAAAGAUGAUUUUUUCUUAUCUGUUAUUUAUUCCAUAUAUGCUGGAAAAACAUUUUAUGAAGAUGAUUUUUGUGAGAUGAUCUACAUUUUAUGAAGAGGAUUUUGUGAGAUGGACCACGAGAGACAAAAGGAAAUCCCUAAGUAAACUUUGCAUUUAUAAGAAAAGUCUUGAUACUUAAUACUGUGUAGUACAAUGUUAACUGUCUAGCUCCAUUUAAUGUUUUAUUUUUGAAUGUGCUUUCUCUGGCCAGAACAAAGUGUUGUAACAUACAUUAUACCAUGUUGUCCAUUUAAACUAUAUUGACAUAUUUUUAAAUGUAUGUCAAAUAUUUAAUCUCUUCAAAUGCACCUUUCAGUUUCAUUGAAAUAAAUAGAAUGAUGUUGAAAUAUAGAAA